AUUCAGUGCGGGGGUGUUGACUGCGCCGCUGAUGUCGUCAAUUGUUGAAGACAUAAGAGACAUGACAACCGCUGAGAUAGUUAACUGGCAUUAUCUCCAAUUGAUCCUUAAGCAUCCUGUUUAAUUUAUUGUUGCGAAGAAUAAUCCAAUAUGGACACUUAUCUUGACCCUAUCAACCGCAAGUUUGCGGAUGCGGCCGCCGAAGGUCCACCGCUCUACACUAAGACUUAUCAGGAAGCUCGCGACAUCUUAGAAGGCAUUCAGAGCUACAAGACCGCGUCCGACAUCAAGACUGAGGAGAUUAAAGUUCCCGUCAAUGGUGAAGAUGUCACCACCGUGAUAUUCCGCCCUGCCAAUGCCCAGGGUACGCUGAACAUGAUCUUUUACACGCACGGUGGUGGAUGGAUUCUGGGAAGUCCAACUGCGCAUGGAGCUUUGAUGGAGGACUUUGCACGCCAAACUGGUGCUGCUGUCGUCUUUCCUUAUUAUACACCGGCUCCAGAAGCUCAAUAUCCCGUUCAGUUUGAGCAAGUCUAUGGGGUUCUUGAUCAUUUUGUCAACAACGGCGACAAGUAUAACCUCAAAGUUGAUCGCUUCGGCCUCGCUGGUGACAGUGUCGGUGGACAUAUGGCUAUCGCAAUGACACAGCUCGCCCAGAGUCGCAACCUCCCCUCCAAGAUUGGGCAGAUCGUCUUGCUUUACCCUGUCACAGACACCCACAGUAAAUCCGAAACUUACAAGACAUUCAAAGACGGACCUUACCUCUCCGAAAAGACCAUGGACUGGAUGAUCCCCGCUUUUCUUCCCAAUGAGGAAGAUCGAAAGCUGCCGUUGACUUCUCCCCUUCAAUAUGCGCCAGAUGAGGUUCUCGCAAAGUUUCCACCUACAACUGUUUUCCUUUCCGGCGCUGAUCCUUUAAUUGGCGAAGGUGAAGCAUUUGGUCAUCGCCUGCAGCAGUUGGGUGUUGAUACGGCCGUCAUCAGAGCGGAUGGACAGAUUCACGAUUUUGCUAUGUUGGCACCUGUUCGGGUCUCUCCUACAGCCCGAGCUGUGGUUGAACUUGCGUCUUCGAAGUUGCUAAAAGCAUUCUCUGACAAGUGAAAUCUUCUGAUAUUUCCUAUUUUCAUCCAUGCGUCGGAUCAUUGGAAAGGUCCAUUAAGAGUAAACGUACUAGAUAAAUCUUAUUAUAAUGGAUUCGAUUGAUUGAAUAAGUGACAGGAGUGUAUAAUGUCACAUUUCCUCCUACACCAUCCAGGGGUAUAUAAGUCAGUGCCAUCACCAAUUUACAACGGACAAGAGUAAUACAAACAAG